AAAAAGAAUCCAGUAGGAAUCCUUAUUCAUAACGAAGCUUAUCACCAAAAGGAAACGUCGCACGUCAAACACGAAGGGAACCAUAAAAGUUGCAUAGUAGGGUACGAAUAUUGAUCAAGGGUUGCUCUGUGUUAGUGCGCACCCCUCGCUGCGCGCUAGUGUGCGUGACCCUCGCCCGUGUGCCGGCCAUCGCGCCCCUAGAUAACUCACUAAAUUUAUAAACACUAAAUACACGAAUACUCUAACUAAAAAAUAUAAACUCGCGCGAAAAAGGGAUAAUUCGUAAUGGAAAGUAUAGACCGCGUCAAUAUCGUUGUAAAACGCGUCCGACUUUAUAAAAAUCAAUAAAUCACGUAGCGAAUCCUCCAAUAAAAUAUAACGUGGAGUGCAUUACAGUGGUGCUUGAAUUUCAGUGAUAUAAAGAACUACCGAUGUUCAAUCACAAGCUACCGACUGACUUUCCAAUGCAAACUCUCCGUAAGAAAACCAGCCCUUGCAAAUACAAGAACGAGCCGGGCCGUUUCCUGGGCGAGGGGGUGUCGUUCCGGGCGAAGCUGAUCGGAGUGUUGGAAGUGCCGGAGGCGAGGGGGGACAGGAUGUGCCAGGAGGCACUCGCGGACCUGAAGAUGGCGAUCCGGGCGGCGGGCGAGCACAAGCAGCGGAUACAGGUGCACGUCGCCAUUGACGGGCUGAGGCUGCGGGAUGACAAGACUGGCGACUCGCUAUAUCACCAUCCCGUGCACAAGAUCUCUUUCAUCGCGCAGGACAUGACGGACUCGCGCGCGUUCGGCUAUAUAUUCGGCGCACCUGAUACCGGCCACCGGUUCUUCGGCAUUAAGACUGAUAAAGCUGCUAGUCAAGUAGUCAUAGCAAUGCGGGACCUGUUCCAAGUGGUAUUCGAGCUGAAGAAGAAAGAGAUAGAGCUAGCGAAACAGCAGCUCGAAGGGAAGUCCGUCACCAGCAGUCUAGUGAGGCAUACGUCCACCAUCACCGAUGUUAAAUCUAAGAGUAUCAUAACGAUCGGUGAGACGAGCACAUCGACUCCAAAAAACCAAGACACGGCCGAAGGUGGCGUUGCAGAAUUAGUAGAUUUGGAGCAGGAACUCAGUUCUUUGAGGAGGGGGCUCACGCAGGUCGAGGGCCUGACGCCGUCCACGGACCCGUUUGGGGACUCGUUUAUAGUGCCCUCACAGUGUAUUCAUAAUGAUUUGGAGCAAGAACUCAGUUCUUUGAGGAGGGGGCUCAUGCAGGUCGAGGGCCUGACGCCGUCCACGGACCCGUUUGGAGACUCGUUUAUAGUGCCCUCACAGAGUAUUCAUAAUGAGUUGGAGCAAGAACUCAGUUCUUUGAGGAGGGGGCUCACGCAGGUCGAGGGCCUGACGCCGUCCACGGACCCGUUUGGGGACUCGUUUAUAGUGCCCUCACAGUGUAUUCAUAAUGAUUUGGAGCAAGAACUAAGUUCUUUGAGGAGGGGGCUCACGCAGGUCGAGGGCCUGACGCCGUCCACGGACCCGUUUGGGGACUCGUUUAUAGUACCCUCACAGAAAGGGCUUCUGCCGCCGCCCCCCGGCGUCAGUACCACGGCGCGAUCGCGGUCCUCAGCAUCCUCGUCCGCCUCCGCCUCCGCAACCGCUUCCGCUUCCGCGUCAGCGACCGCUUCCGCGCCGCGCACCGUAUUCAGUCCCAAUAAGACGCAACUGCCUUUCGAUCUGCCACCGGAGUUGGAGCCGCCAGCGCCGCAGCGGGUCGAGCCUGAAGCUCCGGUCCGGACAUCGACGGCGCUCGGUUACGACGUAUUCACCGAACUAGACCCCCUCGGCACGGGCCGGAGUAAACCUUACGUUGACAAAAAACUCUUCUUUCAGGAGCUCAAAAAUCCGCCAAAGAAAGUGCUCAAAGAUCUCGUCCCGACCACUCAGUCUCUCCUUACCGAGAUGUCAGAAAGAGAGUACGGUCAAACGACUAUGACGUCAUUGACGCGGCACUCUGGUGGCACAGUUUCUAUCGGACGACCGUUGUAUUCCGCCGGGAAUUUUUUCGCGCAGAUCGAUCCGUUCGAGGAGACGGAUCCGUUUGACAGCACUGAUCCUUUUUCGGACUCGUUUAAGGAGGACCCCUUUACGAGUAUGCAGGAGUUUCCGAAACAGAGACGGAGUAAGAAUUCGAUUAUGCGUGAGGAGUACGGUCGGAAGCUUGAUAGAGCGGAGUCGCAAUCGCAGCAGACGCAACUGCAAUCGCAGUCGCGGCCGGAAACGCAGUCGCAAGUACAGAUGGAGGGGAAGAAUGUGUUCAAUGGGCCGCUGCAGGUUACGCUGCCGCCCGAGCCCAUUCCUAAGUCUCCUAGGCUACAAAGACAGAACACAGACACGAGCACAAUCCGGCAACGUCCACAACCCAGUUCCAAACUAAACGCAGAAAGCGCUUCCCCCCCACCCCCCCUACCUCCGAAGAAAGUCGGCGAGCUCACCGUCACCCGCCCCCCGCCGCGGCCCCCUCAGAUAGAGGAGGAGGGCCCGCCGUUGCCACGGCCGGCUAGAAAGAGAGAGCCUCUGGCGGACCGCAGCAAGAAACCUCGUCUAUCCUCCGCGGCUACAACAAGCAGCGAGGACGAGUACUUGUCGCCCGCCCCACCUCCCCUGCCCGCCGCGAGACGGUUCGACAUUACCCUCAGUCAGCUACUCACUUGCAGUAUGGAGGAGUUAGCGCACAGGUUAAGAGUUCCUGCGGCGACGUUGUCGUCCAUGACGCUACCUCAACUCACGGAUUACCUCCGGUCUUACCUCGCCGCCGACAAUGAUAGAGCGCAUAUCCACAUAGAACCUUCACAAUCAGACAAAGAGAAAGACAGACCUCCGCUUUCGUCAGCGAUAUCGACCACAAUAUCCGAGAAACCCCCUCCAACUACCUCGUCAGUUACGUCCAUAUCGUCCGAGUUCAAGCCGCAGUUUGAAGAUAACUUCGCUCCGACGGAGACGGGCGAAUUCGUCGCGAACUUCGACGAUUUCGACAAGAAAGCGAACCCAGGCUACGACCGAUACGCCGCCUUUAGAGAAAUACAGGAACAAGAACUGCAAGCUAAAUCCAUAUUAGAUCCUAUUGAUGAUAACGCCGAAGAACCUAAACAGGACUCUGAUGAAAAAGAGGAAUUAGCCGCAAUAAACGAUAUAAUGAUAGCCAAUCAAGAAAUAAAGGAAAAUAAUAGAAGCCCCUUAAAAACGUUAGAUGAACUAACUUUAGACUCUUUCAACAUGUUCAGAAAAUCGGUCAGUCCGAAACCGACGCAGAUCGACGCGAAAAUCGAAGACAUAAAAUCCGUUAUGAAGAAUUUGCAAAUAGAACAAGCUAGAAGAUCUGUGUCGCCUAGAGAAAAUAACACAGAAGUAAAAAUUGAAGAUAAUAGCGAUAGAUACGCGGCGUUACGGGAAAUAACUAUAACAGAGCCACAAGACGAAUUCGAGUCGUUACCACCCGAAGCGCCUAAAGAACGAAAGCGAUCUGAUGAGAAAUCAGAUGGGUUCGAUAACAGUGACUUCUUUGACUGUAUUGACAACAGCAGUCUGUCCUUCUCGCACGUGGAGGAAGCGUUCAGGAAGAGCCCGGUGGUGAAAGAGAAGGAAGAGGUGAAGGAAAAGCCAGUGGAGUUGGCGCCUGUGAGGGAUCUGCAGCCGCCGCAGAGGCUAUCUACGGGGUCUAUUAGCGAUGUGGCUAGCGGGUCGUCACCGGACACUAAAGAGAAAUGUGUGUCGCGCGGCGCCGGGCGGGCCGGGCGCUGGGCGGUGCUGGGCGCGGGCGCGUCGCCGUGGUCGUCGGACUCGCGCGACUCCGAGCCGCGCCGCGCCUGGCGGGGCGAGCGCCGCCGCAAACACCACAGCCCGCCGCCCAAGGGCACCGUGCAAACAUCGUCAUCGUCACGUGACGUGUCGCCGUGGGACGAGGAGCCACCUCCGAGCCGCCUACAGCGGCCCCCGCUUCGCGACAGGGAAUCUAGGCACAACUCAUCGCAAGGCUCAAGAGAAUGCCUAGACUCCGGCAGUGGGCGAGAGAAAGACAAAAUACGCGACAAAAGAGACAGCCGCGACAGAGACAGAGAUCUCAGCAGAGAGGGACGGGAGUCUCGAAGGGAUUCGGGCAGCGGCCGGGAUCGCCGUGACGUCAGCAAAGAACGCGACCAUAGAGACCACAGGGAUCGUCAUCGGAGGAGUAGAGAUAGGGAAAACGACACGUGGGAUCGAGAAAGAACAUACAGCAGGGAGAGAGAGCGAGACAGGACGUACAGCAGAGAACGGCCGAAGGAUUACAGGGAUAAAGAAAGGGACAGACAUAGGAUGCCGCGGCAUUCGUAUGAUGAGGAGGAUGAUUACAGCGACGGUUGUGGGUCUGGCAGAUCGUCUCCCAGGGGGUGGGGCUCCGACCAGCGGUGGCGAAGUAACGAACGAAAUUACGGGUCAUUGGGGUGGCGUGAGUCGAGGCGGCGGAAUGAAAGCAGACAGGUGGACGAGCUUAGCGAACGAAGGUACGGAUCGACGCUCGGCUGGCCGUCGCGUCGCUCCAACAAUAGUUCCUCCCGUCGCGACUCCGAUCGCGACACCCGCGACCCCCGUGACCCUCGCGACCCCCGCGACCGUGACCCCCGUGACCCCCGCGAUCCUCGUGAACCCCGCCGCCGUUCGAGACGGGAAGAUCCCCGGCAGCGGCGCGACUAUCGGUUCUCGAAUGAUUUCUCGCCGCGGGAGCGGACGAGUCCGUUCGAUAAUGACUUCACAGAGCCUCCGCCCGCGAGGAAGAAGGCGCCUUAUGCUAAUCUGGAAGGGACGAGAUUCGCCUUCGAGUCGGAAGAAAUCACCGCAUCCCCCCUCUCGACGGGCAGCGCGCGGCACGACGAGUCGACGUCGCGGUUCCGCUUCGACUCGGACUCCGUGUCGCCGCGCUCCAUGUUCGAGGACGACUUCACGCUGCCCACCCCCCGCGGCCGCACCGCCUCCAUCGCCGAGGAGGACGAGGACGUGCCUCCGCUGAGACGGUCCCUCGACUCGGACUCCGUGUCGCCGCGCUCCAUGUUCGAGGACGACUUCACGCUGCCCACCCCCCGCGGCCGCACCGCCUCCAUCGCCGAGGAGGACGAGGACGUGCCUCCGCUGAGGCCCAAGCCCCAGCCGACCCACAGGGACAUCAAUAAAUCGGAAUCCGUCAACAUCUUCUCCCGCGAGUCCGAUCCGUUCGAGAGCGACGAUUUCUUCGCCUGCACCGGCUCGGACCGCGCCGCGCGCCGCGAGAACUGGCCGGGGGACUUCCAGGGGUUUAAUGCGUGAGGACGCGUUCGCUUCGUCGUGUGACCAUAGACAGAAUAGUGGACUGGAGUCUACAUGUCUAUGGUGUGACAGACGGCGUGAAGAGUAGCGAAGACUUUGUUCGCUUUGACGUGUUGAAAGAAUGGUGAUGGAUCCGACCGCGCCGCGCGCCGCGAGAACUGGCCGGGGGACUUUCAGGGGUUUAAUGCGUGAGGCAGAGUUCGCUUCGUCGUGUGACCAUAGACAGAAUAGUGGACUGGAGUCUACAAUCUACAUGUCUAUGGUGUGACAGGCGGCGUAAUGAGAAGUGAAGACAUGGUUCGCUUUGACGUGUUGAAAGAAUGGUGAUGGAUCCGACCGCGCCGCGCGCCGCGAGAACUGGCCGGGGGACUUUCAGGGGUUUGAUGCGUGAGGCAGAGUUCGCUUCGUCGUGUGACCAUAGACUAAAUAUGGAUGGACUCUAGGAGUACAUUCUGUAUGUCUAUGGAAUGACAGACGGCGUUUAUGAAGAGUAAUGAAGACUAUUGUGACAUACAGAAUAGUGUGACGGAUCCGACCGCGCCGCGCGCCGCGUGAACUGGCCGGGGGAAUUUUGAGGGGUUUAAUGUGUGAGGACGA